AUUCAGGGGAUGAAUUCUGAUGACCCUGUCAUGCAGCAGAAAGCUGUCCUGGAGACAGAAAAAAGACUACUGCUUACUGAGGAAGACCAAGAGGAAGACAAAUGCAGGACCACCUUGAACAAGACCAUGAUCAGUCCCCCACAAGCUUCUCUGAAGAGCCCAGAUGAAAUGAACUCAGAGGCCUUCUUGGUAUCCUUAGAGAAAGAUGCAAAGGAACGAGCCAAGAGGAGACAGGAAAACAAAAUCUUCGCUGAUGCCCAAAAGGAAAAAGGAAACGAAGCAUUUGCCAAUGGUGAUUAUGAAACAGCUGUCCUGUAUUACAGUGAGGGCUUGAAGAAGCUGAAGGACAUGAAAGUGCUGUAUACCAACAGAGCCCAGGCUUAUAUAAAACUUGGAGAGUACCAAAAGGCACUAGUGGAUUGUGACUGGGCUCUAAAGUGUGAUGAAAAAUGCACAAAAGCAUAUUUCCAUAUGGGAAAAGCCCACCUGGCCCUGAAGAACUACAGCAUGUCCAGGGAGAGUUAUCAGAAGAUCUUAGAAAUAAACCCGAAGCUGCAGCUGCAGGUGAAAGCUUGCUUGAAUCAAAUAGAUCUUCAGGAGAAAGCAGAACUUCAAGAGAAGGAAGCCCAUGAAUUGCUGGAGUCAGGAAAGAACACAGCCGUGACGACCAAGAAUCUCCUGGAGACCCUUUCCAAGCCUGAUCAGAUCCCCCUGUUCUACGCAGGAGGGAUUGAGAUUCUAGCUGAAAUGAUGACGGAGUGCACAGAACAAACUUUAUUCAGAACACACAAUGGAUUCAAUAUCAUCGGUGACAAUGAAGUCAUAAGAAGGUGCUUUUCCACAGCAGAAAAAGGUGCAGUGGAAGAGACCGUCUGUGUGUCUGUUCUCAGGCUGUGGCAGGCAGUGUGCAGUGGGAACGAGGAAAACCAACGCCUACUGAUGCUGCACCCCAACAUGGGCAGGCUGCUGCCCUCACUCUUGUGCUCCAGAGUUGUGACCAUCCGGCAGCAGAGCCUGGUCCUGCUGCUACAGAUGGCCCAGACCGAGAACGGCCGGAGCCUGAUCCUCAGCCACAUUGACCUGACCAGGUUGUUGGAGGCCCUGGUGUCAUUUUUUGAUUCCUUAGAUAAGAAGGCCAAUACUGCCAUGGAACUGCUCACAGACUUGGCUCUGGAAAACAGAUUCCAAGUCUGGUUCCAGGCCAACCUUCCAGGUGUUCUCCCUGCGUUUAUAGGCGUUCUGAAGAGAGAUCCCAAGCUCACCAACACCUCAGCUCUUUGCCAGUGCAUUGGCAUCAUGGGGAACCUCAGCACUGAUGCUGCCAUCCGAAGACAGAUGGUCAGCUGUGAAGAUUUUGCAGACACCGCCUUAGGCCUCAUGGCCAGGUGUGAGGAGGGCCUGGGCCUGUUCAGAGAUGUCAUCUAUGCACUCCUGGGUCUCCUGAUGAACAUGUGUCUGCACUCCCCCGUUGUCUCUGAGGCUUGGGCCUUGGAGGUGAGCAGAAGAUGCAUGGGUCUAUUGAACAGCCAGGACGGCGGCAUCUUGACAAGAGCUGCCGGCGUUUUGAGCCGGACCCUUCCGUCUUCUCUGAAAAUCGUAGUGGAGGCCCUGCAAGCAGGAGUGGUGAAGAAAAUGAUUAAGUUCCUGAAGACCGGAGGCCCGACUGCGUCGCAUUAUGCCAUCAAGACACUAGCUAUCUGCACUAAUAGUUGUCAUGAAGCUCGGGAGGAAGUAAUACGAUUGGAUAAAAAGUUUAGUGUCUUGAUGAACUUGCUCAGCUCAGAGGAUGAGAUUCUGGUGGGAAAUGCCGCCCUCUGUCUUGGUAACUGCAUGGAGGUGCCAAAUGCUGCAGCUUCCUUGUUGAAGACAGAUGUUGUGAAGAUCUUGUUAAAGCUUGCAGGUGGUGAUGCCCAGAAGACUGCGGUGCAGCUGAACGCCGGGAUUGCUCUGGGGAAGCUGUGCACAGCUGACCCAAGGUAUGCAGCUCAGCUGGGAGAACUUCACGGGCUAGAAAUCCUCCAUUCUACGGUGAAGCACAUCAGAGACUCUUGA